UCUCUCUUAUCCACUCUACUUGCAUAUAACCAAACCCUAGCUGUAGCUCACGUCUCUUCUUUCCUCCUCUCCCCUGAAUAACUCCUUCAUUAUCUCCGGCGAGAUCCGAGCUUACUGCCGACAACCCCCAGUCGCCGGAGGCCAAGGUGGCAGGGUCUCCGGUAAGGUGAUUACAACCGCGUCUUUGUAAUGAAAAGAGAAAUGUUAGAUCCUUUUGGUGUGAUUCGUGUUCGAUCCAAAACCUGGUUCCACAAGAGGAAAAAAGGCAGUCCUGAAUCAUCCCUUUGAUUUUUCUUUCUUCGCGAUAUUCGAUCAUUGUAUACUAGUUUGAUCGUGCUGGCGCGGUGUGGGGUGGUUGGUGGGGUAUUUUUUGUGAAUUUGUACAGUUUGGGGGAAAUCGAAUUUUGUUGAUUCUGUUGUGUGUAUAUUGAUUUAGAUCUUAAUUUUGUAAAUAUUUAGAGUGUUUCUGAAAGUGGCGAAGAUGAAUUUGGGCACGGCGGAGGAAGAACCUGAGCAGGAGAUUCAUAUCCCCGCCGAAAUUGAUUGGGAAAUGCUUGAUAAAUCCAAGUUCUUCAUCCUAGGUGCGGCGCUGUUCUCCGGCGUAUCCGGCGCGCUUUACCCUGUAGUCGUGGUGAAAACCCGGCAGCAGGUGGCUCAAUCUCAGGUUUCUUGUAUUAGAACGGGGAUUUCGAUUGUGAGGCAUGAAGGUUUUAGGGCUUUGUACAGAGGAUUCGGAACAUCUUUAAUCGGUACAAUCCCUGCCCGGGCGCUAUACAUGGCGGCGCUGGAGGUUACCAAGAGUAAUGUUGGGAGUGCCACAGUUAGCUUAGGGUUCCCGGAGCCAACUGCAGCGGCCGUUGCAAAUGCCGUCGCGGGGUUAAGCGCUGCAAUGACGGCACAGCUUGUUUGGACACCAAUUGAUGUUGUGAGUCAGAGACUCAUGGUCCAAGGAAGCGGGAGCUCAUCUCCGAACGCAUCAACGUGCAGAUAUGUAAAUGGGAUUGAUGCGUUUAGGAAGAUCAUCAACAUCGAUGGACCGAGAGGAUUAUACAGAGGGUUUGGAAUAUCAAUCUUGACAUACGCACCGUCGAAUGCUGUCUGGUGGGCUUCUUACUCCGUCACCCAACGGCUAGUUUGGGCUGGAGUCGGAUGCUACCUGUGUAAGAAGAAAGACAGUCAAAAUGAGAACGGAAGUUAUCUAAUGAGGCCGGAUUCAAGAACAGUGAUGGCAGUUCAGGGAGUCAGUGCAGCCCUGGCAGGCGGGAUGUCAGCCUUGAUAACAAUGCCACUGGAUACAAUUAAGACUAGAAUGCAGGUUUUGGAAGGGGCGGAAAACGGGCGGCGUGGACCGACUAUUAGCCAGACCAUCAGAAGUCUGGUCAGGGAAGGUGGAUGGUGGGCGUGUUACAGAGGAUUGGGACCGCGGUGGGCAUCAAUGUCGAUGUCUGCAACCACCAUGAUCACCACCUACGAGUUCCUGAAACGGCUCUCGGCAAAGAAUCAAGACGGUUUGAUGUAAUGAAGAAGAAAUACAAGAAUAAUGGCAAAAAGAGGUCUUUUUUGAAAUCCCCUUUUCUUGUUUGAUGUUCUUUUCAAUGUUAUGUGAAUCAAACGCAGGUUUCUACUUGUGAAAAUGAAAUCUAAUUUCCUUUGAAAUCAAGGUUCCUGGGUUUUUUUUUUUUUUCGCUUGAGAGAGCUUAAUUAAGGUUUCAAAACAUAGUUGUAGAUUCCUUUGAUAGUGGAGGAGCAUCUGGUUACGGUGGGAUGUUUUUUUCGUUCUUAUCUUGAUUAAUUGGCACAUGGUAUGUUAAAGCAAAAGGUUCUGAUAAUACAGUUGAAAAGUCUCA